AUGGACUCGUAUUGGAACGAGAGCGUCAUGAUCGGAUGCUUGCUUGCGAGAGGUCUUUGCGCGUCGACAAGAUACGGUUACAACGAUCGCCGUUCGCGAUCACCAAGAGAACGCUCACCCAAUGAUCGGUACAACGACCGCGGCUCUCAGUAUGGCGAUAGCGAGCGGCGCCGUCUCUCGGGUGACACACGCCCCAGCCAGAACAGCUUCCAAUCGAAUCGCGACUUCCGCGACCCCAUCGCACGCGAGCCUCCGCGUGGGCCCAAGGCGCUGACCGAACUGCCUAGCGGUCCACGGGGCAGCGGAUAUUCCUCCGACUUUCGCGGACGAUCUCGCGUGGCCGGCCAGGGCAGGGGUUGGGCCCGAGAUGACAGCAGAGACAAGGGAUUGCGGGACCGCGAAGACUUCCGGCGAGAACCACCCUUUCGCGAUGACCGCGGCUGGGACAGAGAGCGAGAAUGGCGCGAUCGCGGCGAUCUCUUCCGGGGACGGCGACCGUCGCCACCACCGCCCGGCCGCGCCGUUCGGUCGCCUGGACGAGAACUUAUGGGUCGAGAUGUGACUCGCGAUCCACGAGACCCGCGAGAUCCUAGAGACCCACGUGAUCUACGUGACCUUCGUGAUCCGCGGGACAGAGACGCACCGCUAAGCAAUGAUCUCGCCGACCGUCCAAGACGGGGCUCGCGCGACGGACCCCCGUCUGCCGGCUCUUCGUCGUCCGAUCCCGCCCUCAGCGCCCAGUCAUACCGAGGCGGAGCCUCCAGUCGCGGCCGGCCUGUAGCUCCAGGGCGAGGACGUCCCGUCGACUGGGACCGCAACCGGGCGCCGAGACCUGGAAGCCUGUAUGAUGACCGGGACAACCGCUAUCCCAGGAGCCGAUCUCAGGAAGGUCGCUGGUCCCGGAAUGAGCGCGACGAUCGCGACUAUCGUGAAGGUGACCUGCGAUCGAGAGACCCGAGAGAUGACCGAGACAAUCGUGGCCGCGAGGUGACCUGGCCGAAACCGGCAGACCGCAGUUCUUUGCCCCGGGAUCCGGCACCAGCACCUGCAUCGCCGCCACCGGUUGCUCCCUCUGCACCUGCCUUUGGGUCUGUCCAGACGCGACAACCGUCGUCGUAUGAGAUCCAGCCCGUGGCUGCCAGGUCUCUCCCAUCCGGUCCCAGAUCGGCGACAGACGAGAGACCACCGUCAUCUUUCAACCUGCAGAGCCCAACCGUCUCGGACGCACCGGCCCCAUUCAAAGCACUGCCACUUGACGGUGUGGUCGCUAUCAUCCCCACCGGCCCACGUUCCCAGCAGUCACCGGCAAAGACGCAGCGGGCGUCAAGCAAACAGUGGAUCAACCCCAACACCCUACCGGCGGUCAAACGAAAUCCCUCUGUAUCUCCCAAGAUUGCCCGGUCCCAGAGCUUUGUGACCCAGCAGUCUCGCCCUUUCCUUCCACGACCCGAGUCGGCUGGCUCCGGACAGUCUGGCGAUUCUGGUGGUGCGAGAAGGCCUGGCAGUAGUGAUGCUAAGUCGGACUUGUAUAUCGACACGGCCAGGGCUGAGUCACAAAGCGAACCGGGCGAGAUCACGGAAGGCUCGCCGGUGUACUCACAUGCUCCCGGACCGAGGGAUCACCGGGCGCAACAGGACUCCCACGGCGGUCAGCGCUCCGACAACAAGGCGGACGGCAGCAAGACAAACCCUACCCUACCCUUUGCCAGGAAAGAAAAGGCUCCCAUGGGUGAUAGUGGCAUGGCGGGCGCUGGAAAGCCGACUGGUUGGCUGAAGAGGACUGCAGUGGAUGAUAAGCAGGAAAAGCGCCAGUCAGCCAAGACACUGCAGGAACCGGUUGCUAUGGAAGGGGUGGAAACUCACAAGGUGGUCAACACUGUACCGGAUGUCAAAACGGAGACGCGGGCGGAAGCCAAAGUACCAUCCACACAAACAACUGAGACAGCAAAGGACAAGAGCGCAAAGGAGUCGGCGACGACAUCUGAUAGUGCAAACGGCAAACCAGACCUGGAGACCAUCCCUCUCACCGUAUCUGCCUUGAUGGUCUCGAUUCGCCAGGAUCUGCUCGAUUCGGAAAGACAAGAUGGCGCGUCUGACUCGGAAGACGAAGACAUGAACAGCUAUUUCGACGAGGAGAUCGAGAAGCACGAGGCCGAUAUCAAGAAACUGGAGGCAACAGCAGACGCUCUGCCAAAGGACGGCUUGGUUCGCGUGGGACUGGUGGAGUCCAUUCUCGCCUUGGAGAUUCUCGAGUCCCCACUCAACUUUUCGAACAUCGUCGGCCCUGCGCCUGAGAAAGCCGACCGGGGUAUUGACACCAGCGACACGAAAGCAACGCCAGUGGACGUCGCGGUUGAUAAUGCCCCGGCAGAGAAGCGAGUCGAACACAAUUCGAGCGAAGCUCUGCAGAAGAGCACGGCAGAGACAGACGACAUGGACGUUGAUUCUCCGCCUGCGCCGGCAACUACAACUCCGGUCCUUUCAAGCCCGAACAUCAAGCAGGAAGGGGUUAUGGCUACCGCCACGUCUCCGGCUCAAGCUCCUGCCGCGGCCCCUACGACUGUGAUCACUACAGCAGAAUUCUCCAAAGAGGUAGACAGCGAUGACACAGUGAUGGAAGAGGCCACUGGACCUACGGAUUUGGGUGCAGCACCGACCCUGCCUCGUUCUCUGCGAGGCACGUCUGAAGCUACGACCGGUGGAUUCCGGCUGGACGACGCCAAUGCUUCUUCGGAUUCCCCUCCCGGCCUCGAGCCGACGCGUGUCUCGCAGCCAUCGAGUCCGUCGCAGGCCGAGGAUGACGACGCGACGGAGAUCGAGGAGAUGGAAAAUGUGCUAUUGGAAUCGAUUCGCGUCUACUCGAAAACGCCACCGCUGGAGGAUCUUCCAGACUACAGCUGUCCGUCGUGGGACCAAGAUCCGGAGUUUUUGAAGGAUUCGGUCCCAUUGGCGGCAGUGGACGCAUUCGUGGCACGUCGCAUACUGGAAGAAGGCACGAUCGAGGAAACCGAGACGCAAAAAGGACAGCAGCAGUACCGGGACAACUACGUGAGCUAUCUGGAGUUUACGAGGUCGGAUGACCCUGUUGCUGCCAAGAGCCGGGAGAAAUAUCUGGGCGGCAGCGGGACUCUGGAAUCAAGCACGAGGAUUUCGCCCAGCGCAGAAGCGAAGCCCGAGGGGGGCCGCGGAACCAAUCGACGAUUUGCCACAGAGCGCGAUCUUGAGCGAGUGCUGCAGGCAUCGAUGCGCGAAGAGGACGAGCGGAAGGAGCGCGAGUUGCGGGCGCAGAAGGAACGAUACCGCAGCGAAAAGGAGGCGGAGAUUCCGGAAAUGUACUGGAGAGAGGACGAGCGGGAGCGGGAGCUGUUUAUCGACCGAUCCGGGUUCCUGGCGCCGGAGAAGAUGGUGUCAGCAUGGCAGGUGUUGCCGCCUCUGGCUAACUUCUCCGAGGAAGAAGCACAGAAGUUCGAAAAGGCAUAUCUGGAGUAUCCGAAGCAGUGGGGCCGGAUUGCGGAGAGUGUGGGAACGCGCGACUUCCACGCAUGUAUCCAGUACUACUACUGCGUCAAGAAAGAGCUGCAUCUCAAGGAGAAGCUCAAGAAGCAGCCGCGGCGGCGGAAGAAGGCGCGAGCCAAGCAGCGUCACGGGGUGGCGGCGGAGCUGGGCGAUGCAGAAGUGGACGAGGCGGCAGCAGCGGCAGAAGCAGGAGAGAACGGAGAGCGACGACGACCUCGACGAGCAGCAGCACCGACAUGGGGCUUUGAGAUGGCAGCAGCCGAGUCGGACAGCACGGCAGCAAGCGGAACAGGACGUCGGGUGCGAAACGAAGGGGGCGAGAAGGCAGACGGGCGCAGAAACCGGCGGCGGGCCAUCGGCGGAAUUGGUGGUCGAGGCGGCAGCAUGCAUCCGCCUCCAUUGGCACAGGUGACCGGACUGGUGGCCAGUGUCGGCAGCGGUGACCUGAGAGGGGUGCCGACAGAUGGCGGACGGCACAGUUACGGAUUGGCGAGUGACUCGGGCGGGCUUUCGCUUCCGAGCAACAUUGGCGAGAUGCUGCAGCCGCCGUCUCUUCGGCCAGAACCACCACCGCCGCUGCAGAUUGGCAUCUCCAACUUUGAUGCUGGGGUGAUGGGCCCAGACCGCUAUCGGGUGGCCCAGCAGACGUCGAGCUACUGGAGCGUGUCGGAGUGCAACGACUUCCCGGCGCUGCUGUCGUCCUUUGGCACAGACUGGAAUGCAAUUGCAGCACACAUGCAGACAAAGACAGCAGUGAUGGUUAAGAACUAUUACGUGCGGCAGAAGAACGAGAAGAAGGCCGAGUGGGAAGCAAUUGCCAACGAGGCCGACAUCAAGAUUCAGCGAAACGAGAAGACGCCUGUGCCUCCACCACCGCCGGCGAUGCCGCGAAAACGGCUGGACACGAUGCAGACGACGGGAUCGGGACCAAGCCCUCGGCCGAUCGCAGCAGCUUCAGCCAAGACUGCGGAGGCGGCAGAGGGGAUCAAGGCCGAGAGCGUGGGACCGCAGCCGACGUUUGGGCGGUUCCAGACACCUGUGCCGCUGGCCAUUGCGCCUCAGGCACCGCUGGUACCGCUGGCACCGCAGGCAGUACCACUGACAGCAGCAGCAGCAGCAUCACAGGCACCGCAGGCACCACCGCCGCCAGCACCGCCUCUGCCACACCUUCAUCUGCAGCCGUCUCUGCCGGCACAGGGGGGCAAGCCGGCGUGCGGCGUGGCGGUGGCGUCCAAUGUGCAGCCGUUGGCAGCGCAGCACGGAAAGGGGCCAUCGGCUCGGCAGCAGCAGACGGGCACAGGACAGUCAGUACAGAGCGGACAGAACGGACGCACAGGACACGCAGGGCACACAAUGUCACCGGGUAUGCAGCAGACAAUGUCGCCAUCGGCACGGCCGAUCAUGGUGCCACCUUCAGUCGGAAUGUCGUAUGGAGGCGGCUAUCUCGACCGGACGGUGGUGGAACAGCAGAAGAGUGCAGGAUCGGUUCCGGUAGACAUGAUGUCGCAGCGGGUGCCGGCCUGGGAGAAUUCCGGCGAGCCGGUCGAUGCACGGCUCAAGUCGCUGGCACAGCAGCGAACGAGACAGCAGCAAGAACAACAGCGACAGCAGCGAGAGGGAACACCCCAUGGAGGCAGCGAUCGACAGCAGCAGCAACAGCAGCAACAGCAGCCCCUACCACCAGCAUCGUCGCAGCCGAUGCGCUUCAAGCAGGAGCCAUCAGACGUGCCGCCGCACUACGAGAGCUUUCUGUCGGCGGGUCCAGGCCCGAACAGCCGGGUGCCGCCUCUGCGCACAAGCGACCUGCCGCUGCAACCGCCGAUGCGGGCAGCCUCGUCGACGCCGCAGCCGUACGGCCACGGUCAUGGUCAAGGCCAUGGUCACGGUCACGGGCCACACGCGCACUCGCGCACGCAGUCGCAAAACCACAACCACGCAGCUGUGGCACCGCCCUCGAUUGUGCAGCAGCAGCAGCAGCAGCAAAUGCGCAGCCUUUUGACGGAGCCGGUGCAGCCUCAGGUGAUGGCGGCUGGCGAGCGACCGAUGGGGAUGGGAGGCGAACGAGCGAUGGGAAUGACAGCCAGCGAGCGGUCGAUGGGACUGGUCCACGGCGGUUACCCCGGCGGAAUGGGAGCAGGAGCUGGAGCAGCCAUUCCGCCACCGACAUCGGCACCACCGGCAGCACUGCCCCCUCCACGGCCGACAGAGCGCAAGUCGAACCUGUUUGCCCUCCUCAACGACGACGCGCCGGCACCGAUGUCGACGCCACCACAGCCGAAGAGGGUGGCCGACGUGUCGGCCAUUGGCAUAAGCAUGAGCCGGCCAUCCUCAACGCCGCCCGGUGGAGCGGGAGGUGGAGGUGGAGGUGGAGGUGGAGGCGGCGGCGGCGGCGGCGGAUAUUCGCCGUAUGCGCGCAACCGACCACCACCACCACCGCCGCCGCCGUCGUCUGUGUCGGUGUCUUCGCAGCCGCCAUCGUCCACGGCACCACCGUCGUCCAUCAUCCCGUCGCUCAAGCCGCAGGUGCAGGUGCACAGCCUUAGUGUGCCGCCAUCGUCCGUCUCAGACCGAGACUAUUACAGCCGGAACCCAUACCAGCCACAGCAGCCGCCGCUGAGCUACCAACAGCAACAGCAGCAGCAGCAGUCUCAGUCGGUGGCAGGCAACGGUGGUGGUAGUGGUAGUGGCGGGGGCAGUAUGGUGUACGCUGGCUACGGACAACAGAUGCCGCACGCACCGUCUCCAACGCCAUCAUCCCAGUACCAGGGCCACGUAGCACCGCCAUCUGGACGACGAGAUGGACCGCCACCGCCGUCGGCCAUGGCAGGCGGCCGAGACAUGGGCUGGAUGUCGCAAGGACCACCGCAGGGACUGCAGCAGGGACUGCAACAGGGACUGCAACAGGGACUACAACAGGUGCCCCCACAACAGCAGCCUCUUGCCCAGCAUCCCCAGAACCUGCAGCAUCCUCAGCACAUGCAGCAUUCCCAGCUCGUGCAGCAUCCUCAACAUGUGCAGCACAGCCAGCAUCCCCAGCUGGCCCAACAUCCUCAGCAUCCCCAGCAUCCUCAGCACGUGCAGCAUGUACAGCAGCAGCAGCAGCAGCGGCACGCGAGCCCACACUCCCACGCGCACUCGCACUCCCACUCGCACUCCCACUCGCAUUCGCACUCGCUCAGCGGCCGAUACCACCAGCCAUCGCCGGGACCACGGUCGGCCGAGCCGGGCGGACCGGGCGGACCUCCGCCUCAGCAGGUGCAGGUGCAGCAGCAGCAGGUGCAGGCGUCGUCUUCGCCGUACGGACGCUUCGCCACCAGUGCAGGCGGACCAGGAGGACCUCCCCCGCAGCAGCAACAGCAACAACAGCAGCAGCGGGACGGCCGCUAUACGCCCGUGGGCUACGAUGCGCGCGGGCCGCCACCACCUCCGUCACAGCAGCAGCAGCCACAGUCGCUUGGCGAUGGCGGCGCGCCGCCGCCAGGAUCGUAUGACCCGCGGGACCCGCGGGACCCUCGGAACCGACAGCUGCGGCCGCAGGAAGACUACGGGCGGUAUCGGUAG